AUGUCGAGUAUCCAAACAUGUGCGGAUUCUCUCGCCACCUUCUUCAAGCGCAAGAAUGCCUUUGAGUUGUUUUCAGCUUUCCUCAAUGGCAUGAGUGUCGUCGCUCAGUUCGUCGAAGUCCUUCAAGGUUCAUCUGCUCUCGAAGAAAUCGGCCAGAAAAUCCAUCGUGAGCUGGAGGCUCAGACAGGCCUCACUGCUCCAAAGACCUUUACAAAGCAAGUCCACAAAGUCAUUGUCCACGAAACAUCGCUGGCCCACGAAGACGGCGCUCGGCAUUUUCACUUCUUGUAUCACCACGACACCGAUUGGCGUGGAUACUUCUUCGACAUCGUCUCCCGAGAGCCGCUGCCUCCAAACCUCCUUAGUGUCUCGGAAAAUCUUGAUCCACUUUGCCUGUGGAUGGCCUUUCUCAGACAAUAUAUUGACGAGCACGACAAGAAAACACGAUUUCACCUUAUCAUCCCAGCAUACCGUCCUCUGGUCAUCAAAGAUCCGUUGAUUUUCCCGGCCGAUUUAUUUCCAUUUACUGUUCAAGGGUUAGUCCACGACUCCAAGGCCUAUGUCUGGCUCAACCUACCGACUAUGACAAAACCUCCGCCCAUACCAUCGAACUAA